AUGCUUUCGGACAGCAUCAAACAAGUCAAAAACGACGUGAUGGAUUUACAUAUGGCGUUAACUGAUGCAUCGAAAGCUAUCGUUGAAGAACGUACGAAGCAAGAGCAGAAAUGUGAAAUUUGGCGUUCGAAAAGACUCGCUACUAUCGAACGUGAAUAUGGCCAUAACAUGAGAUUGAUCAAAAGUCGACAAUUAGUACUCGAAGAAGUUGAAGGUGAAUUAAAUCAACGAUUGAAAGUUGAAGUACAACAACCAUUGGAAGAGAUGUCUUCGAAGCCGAAUGUUAAUCCUGAAUUACUCGGUGUAAUUCAAUCAACCCUUGACACGAUUAAAACCAACAGUAAAUCGUUCACGUGGAAAAAGGAUCAUACGAAUACAGAUGAGAGUGCAACGAAAAAACCAAAGAAAGUCAAACUUGAUGCAGCCGCCAUCGGAUCAGCAGAAAAGGUUAGAAAAUGGAAGCCAAGUCAUAAAUCAAUUAGUUUAUUUCGUGAUAUUGGUCCAAUGAGUGAGGCAAAAAUCAACGAACAUUUUCAGACGCAGAAGGCAAGUGAAAACUCAAUGAAACAGUAUGGCCUUGUUGUAAUGGUAAAUGCAUAUCUUCAAACAUGGCAUUCGAUAAAAGUAGAAAAGGGCAAAUACAAAGAAUUAAUUUUAAGACGACAUAUAUCGACUAUUAAAAAACAUGUUGUUGGAAGAGAAUGUAAACGAAAAGUUUUAGUUGCCAUGCAGUUCUUUUUUGAAACGCUCACACGAAUGACCGCGUUAGAGAAAACGGAGAUGAUGACAAUGUUAUUGGAGUGGUUUCUUCGACAUCAGUGUAUUUCACUACCAGAAGUAAUUGAUUGGUAUCAAAAGGAGACUUUCGUUGACCAUAUGAUUGGAAGAGUCGUUCACAAAAACUGGACGGAAUCGUUUCUCAGUCAACACGGAUAUCGAACUGAACCUUUAGGAACACUAACACGAACAAACUCAGUCACAUCAACGAAUAGUUCGGAAGAAACGAGUGAAUUGAUUUCUGAACUUCCUGAAUAUGUUCGUAUUCGUAAACCGUACAGAAAGUUAGUUAACCUAUUCAAAGAUACAUCGAAUGUAAAUGAUCCUGCCAUCUAUGAAUAUGUUCGGAAAAUUUGCGAGAAGAAUAUGACUCAACGGGUAAUUAUGGUUGUUCGAAGUUAUUUGAAAGCUUGGAACGAAUCAUUACCAGAAGAAAAAGCAAACUUAUUGUCGAGUAAAAUCUCGGCUAUUCUUCAUUACCAAUCAGAUCGGAAUUUUCAAAGGCAAAUUCUAUUUGCUAUCGAAGUCUUUCUCUCAGAAUGUAAAAAGAAUUAUGCUUGGCGAAUGCAAACCGUAUCUAUGUUAUUCCAGUUCUUUCUUGAUCAACAGUGUAUCGAUAAGGAAUCAAUUGUGAAAUGGUAUGAAGACGGACACAUAUAUAAUGAUGUUUAUUAUGAACAAACAAAAACCUUUGCUCGAUCAUUUGUUGAACGAUUGACCGCGUUGAAUUAA